ACUGAUUGAGGCUGGUUUGUGGCUUCACCCUGCACUGUUGAGUCACCUCUCUAGCGAGUGGAUUUAAGCAAACUGAGAUCAUGCAAAAUAGCAGAGUACGGUCUCAGCAAACUACCUAGUUGUUAAUUAACCAGUUUGUAGUGUUAAUUUAUCCAUAACUGUUGCGCAGGACUGGCGACCGUCAAGAUAGCGCUUUGCCAAUAUGAUGGAGGAAAUUGACAGAUUCCAAGUACCUCCAGUCAACGGAGAGACGCAGCCUUUGGACCCAGCAGCCUCUUCCACCACAGAAGCCGACUCUGACACAAGAGAAGACGAGACUGUGGCCAUGAACUACAAGCCCUCGCCACUCCAAGUGAAAAUAGAGAAACAGAGGGAGCUCGCCAGGAAGGGAUCAGUGAAGAAUGGCACUGUGGGAAGUCCUGUCAACCAGCAGCCCAAGAAGAACAUGGCUCGAACACGGUUGGUCGUGCCAAACAAAGGGUACUCUUCUUUAGACCAGAGCCCAGAUGAGAAGCCGUUGGUAGCACUGGACACUGACAGUGAUGAUGACUUUGACGUGUCGAGAUAUUCCUCGUCGGGAUACUCCUCAGCCGAGCAAAUUAACCAGGAUCUCAACAUCCAGCUGCUGAAAGAUGGCUACCGUCUGGACGAAAUCCCUGACGAUGAAGAUCUGGAUUUGAUCCCACCAAAGUCUGUCAACCCCACCUGCAUGUGUUGCCAAGCCACUUCCUCUACAGCCUGCCAAAUACAGUAGCCUUUCCUUAACCCACCACACACACGCGCACACACACACACAAACCCCCCCCACCACCACCACUUCCUCCAACACACACACACCCCAACCAUCAUUAUGAGUGUAAUUGUCGGAGACAUUCAGCUGAAACGACAUUGGCCGGGAAAAGGUAAAAGGAUCAAUGGAAAUGAAAAUGGAAAAAGUGUUUAAAGGUUCAAAAAAAUUAUACUCAGUUUCAAUGACUCCUCCUAUGGAAGGAUACAUCUUCUGUUUGUGUAGCAUACUGGAGAGGAUUUUGUCUGACGAUGGUAUCCGCAUACAGCUCUUUCUGACUUAUGUUGGAAUGAAACACCGACAGCGAAAAGGAAGACUUUCAAAUGCAGAACUUUUGUUUUCAAGAUGGUUAAUUGUGAAGGAGGGUUCUCCUUUGAAGGAACUUCUGUCGUCCCUAGUUUUUCUCAUGGUACAAUAGCAGUGGCAGUAGUGAGUGGCUACUGUAUGUCAAAGAACAGCUAUUGUAUUGAAAUGAAUGACGUGUGUUGAUUGUCUCUCGUCAUAUCUAGAAUUUAAACCUCUGAAGGGAAUAAUAAUAUAUUGAUGCUUUCGCAAAGGAAUCACAAAUGUUUGGGAGAUAGCUCUUGGAUCUGGAUGCCCUUCAUUCUCUGUGGUGAAUUUGCAGUGACAUUGGUCUCCUCACUAUUGUCAUUUCUUUGUUUAGUUUUUUACUCAUUUUACUGACGCAUAUAAACCUACAAGUUAAGUGUGCAGACCUCAAGAAUUGUGGGUUUUGGUAAAGGUAGACUACUGCUUACUAUAAAAUAUUGUGGGACAAUUGUUUACGGUUGACUCAAAAUUCUAUGAUGUACUGGUUAUUUUGAGGUAAAAAGCAAUGUUGCAACUGGAAUGGGAAUAGACUAUUAUUGCAAUUUAAACCCAACCAGCAUGGUUUAUUGUGAUUUGUAGAGCUGUAAUGGUACAGUAUAUCCACAGUUCAGUAUGUACUCAAAUGUUUAGACAACUUUGUCCUUGGUACAGCACAAUGAAAUACAACUCAAGACUACUGAUAUAGCAGUGCAUUUGAACAUAAAUAUGAAGCCAUUUGGUCCACUUAAUUUAGGACCAUUUGAAAGGGGUUGUACCGAACGGUUCAAAAGUCAGAGAUUUCUCAAAGCAGUAUUCCUAACACGCAACAGUUUAACUGUGCCAAAAUCCCACCCUGCUGUUGAGGGGUUCACCUCGGCACUGAGAUCCCUCUACACACUCUCAAUGCUGCCGUUAUAUGUACAACACUUGUUAAUGAGCUGUAACUUUGUAGUCGGUGUCAGGUGUCAAAUCGCCAGGUUAGAUGUGUUCAGCCCUUGACAUGCGAGUUUGUUCCUUAAAAGUGUUUUCACUGUUUGGUCACCAUGUCUGGGGUUUGGUAGUCUUAGUACAAUUAGAGGACAUCGACAGCAGGGCAUGUUGGCUACUGCACAUAAUUUGUUCUCUUGUAAGAAAACAACAUAGAUUUGUUAAGUUCUUUUAAUUUAUUUUUCUUUCUUUUAUGUUUCAUGUUUGUUUGUUUAUAACUUGUGGUCCCUGUUGCCCACAACCCCAUGUUGUUGAGUACACUGUUUUCCUCAGAGGCAGCUUACUCUGGAGUAAACACUACGCUAAAUGUUUGGUCCUAGCACUAGUAGUUGGGCACUAAUUUCAUUUGCACAUAUGUAACCCCUUCUUUCCUAAAUCUCCCAUCAACUUUUAUGUUUUGUGUCUAGAGUUGAUGUUCAGUCUGUUGUGCUUCCAACUUUUGGCAAUAGUGCCAUCUGUGCUUUACUCACUGCCAUUACAACAAUCACUGGCUACUCACCAGGAUGUGUGAUAUUUGGAGAAACGUUCCAAUGAUUGGUACCUAAAGCAUUGUUCACCAUCCCGCAUUGGAUUUCAAAACAUUAGAUGAAAAAUCAUCUGGAUACACAGUCCAGCCCAUGCCCACAUCAAGUAUAUGUUUUCAAACACUAUCAAAUAUGCUGUGAAAGGCUGCGUUCACAAAGACACUUGUCACAGUAUUUUUGUCUUGUUGAAGGGAAAGUCUGGACACUACCUGAAAAGGGAUUAUUAAUGUAAACAUUGAAACAAUGUGCACACACUUUCAUUACUGUACUACUUUUUACAAGCUUUGUAAAUGAAAAGUUAUCGACCCAAUGUGCAUCUACUUUAGGGAACAGUUUUCUCUUUCGCAGGGGUGUAACAGCUUUGUUUAUCGAGGGCUAACGGUCCUGCUUCUGAUUUCGGUCCAUGUUUGUUUUCAAAGGACUGGUCAUUUCUAUCUAGGAACCAUGUUUGUAGAGUCUAUAGUAAAUCAGCAACAAAAAAGAAAGUACCAGCAAAAACUAUAUCUGUACUGGAAAACCUGAGACGUGGAAGCGGUGCUUGUUUUUUGUUUGAAUGCAAAUUGGGGAACCCUUGUAAAUCUGGGGAUAGUUUCCCAUCUGUUCUGUAGUGCGAAUUGUUUGAUUGGUUAAACCUGAUGAAUGAUGAACAAGAGAAUUCCUAGUGUCCUGUUUGCUGUGAAUAAAAAUCUUUAUCUGUCAAACUUCUCAACUGACAGACUAUGUACACUAGAGUAUAACAGACCAGGGUCAUAUCUGAAUUUAUGUUACUGUCAAAAUAACUUUUGCUCUUUUUUAUUGUCACAUCCAUAAAGGAGGAUUUCUGUGGGAUGUUGGCUAACUAAAUUCUUAACAUUAUAAGUAAAUAUACAUUUUAUUUUUUACCAACCCUGCAAAUCUCAAGCCUGAGAUUCACAAAAAUGACUCCUGCAAGUGGAUACACUACGAACUAAUGGCAUUCAUUAUGAAAAUGUUAUCCAAUAACAAGUAGAAGUGUCUCGUUAAAAAGUGUAUGGGAGCAUAAAUAUAACCAUUUUAGGUUUGAUUGAAAAAAAAUUAUCCUCAGUUGUCCACUUUAACCCUGAAUGCAAUAUGUACCUGACCUGCUUUGGUUGUGAGUUCUAAGCAUUAGUUUCCUCUCCGCUGUUCCUCAACAGUUAACACAGGUUCCCUAUCGAGUGCACCUUUUGUCUGUUGUUAGGAUGCCAUUUGGGACGGAGAAUCCCUCACCUUUUGAGUUUACUAAAGUAGAGUAUUAAAUGCCUUAAAGAAUUGUAUUUUAGCGGGAGAUAUUUAUCAGCAGCUGUUUGUGUUUAAGUUACUUGAAAAAUGGGAAAUUAUGUUUUAACAUAGUCACCUAAUAUUUUAUUUUACAGAUGCUUGUUAUCAAGGUUUUGAAAACUGUAAACAAUUUCCAUUAGUGUAUUUAACAAUGCUAUUGUUCUGUGUAGUGUAACAU